CUGCUAUGGCAUGCUGGAAAUUACACUUUCAAAGAGGGUCUGGGAAGACAGGGUUUAAGUCUAACUUUCAAGUGGCUCCAGCCUCUUCAGUUGAAAAUGUCAACACUAUAAAAGUAUUUCCACCAAUGAGCCGGGAACCCUGAGGGGAGAUGGAUUUGGAGGUGAAGGAUGUGAACGGGUCGAGCUGUUUGUCCCAGAAUGAGAGCGAAUGCGGACUAAGCGCGCCUUCAGCCGGAGUGUCCACUGCGCUGGCCAGCGUGCUGAUCUUCACGAUAGUGGUGGAUAUCCUGGGAAAUGUCCUCGUCAUUCUGUCUGUGUUCAGGAAUAAAAAGCUCAGGAAUGCAGGGAACAUCUUUGUAGUGAGCUUGUCAGUGGCAGACCUGGUGGUGGCCUUGUACCCCUACCCUCUGGUACUGACCGCCAUCUUCUACAAUGACUGGACCAUGGGUGACCUACACUGCCAGGCCAGCGGCUUCAUCAUGGGCCUGAGUGUCAUCGGCUCCAUCUUCAACAUCACGGCCAUCGCUAUCAACCGCUACUGCUACAUCUGCCACAGCCUCCACUACGACCGCUUGUACAGCCUGAGGAACACCUGUUGCUACCUGGGUCUCACCUGGCUGCUCACCGCCAUCGCCACAGUGCCGAACUUCUUUGUGGGAUCGCUGCAGUAUGAUCCUCGUGUCUACUCUUGCACGUUUGCACAGACCGUCAGCUCGUACUACACCAUAUCAGUGGUGGUUAUUCACUUCCUGAUCCCACUGCUGGUGGUGUCCUACUGCUACAUGAGGAUAUGGGUGCUGGUGAUACAAGUGAAACAUCGGGUUAAACCAGAGCAAAGGACCAAGCUAAAACCUAGCGAUGUGAGGAACUUUCUGACAAUGUUUAUGGUGUUUGUGUUGUUUGCAGUAUGCUGGGCUCCUCUUAACUUAAUAGGCCUGGCUGUAGCUAUAAACCCUGUGAAAGUGGCCCCGAACAUACCCGAGUGGCUUUUUGUCACAAGCUACUUUAUGGCGUACUUUAACAGCUGCCUCAAUGCCAUUAUAUAUGGACUUCUUAACCAAAACUUUCGUAAAGAAUACAAGACAAUUCUUCUUGCUAUUUGCAUCCCACGUUUGCUCCUCAUUGAGACCUCCAGGUGUGCCACAGAGGGACUGAAAAGCAAGCCUUCACCUGCUGUAACAAAUAAUAAUGUUGCAGAGAUUAAUGUAUAAUCCAAUGUUGUACUGGAAAACUAAGUUCUCUGGAGACUCAUCGUGGAUGUGUGACAUGUUGUGCCUUUUCACAAAAUAAGUACCAUUUUCCAGUUGUAAAGAUGUAAUUCUGAAUACACUGCAGUGUGUCAUGUUCCUCUCUGUCAUGUCAGACUGUUCCCUCAGGUGGACAGGAUAUCAAUGCUAUCACAGGUACACUCUGUUCUUUUAAGUUUGCCUCCACUCAUUCUCCAAAAAAGUGGUUUACAUGGAAGAAAGAGAAUAAAAUUAAUAUUAACUGAAACCCA